AUGGCGGAGCCGGCCCUGGUCGCCCUGAGCAAGAUCGUUCUCGACCAAGCACCAGACCCGACGACCUACCUCCCCGCACCAACAGAAGCAUCGUACCCAGAGCAGUGCCUGGGCCUCCAGCUGCUCCUCGAAUAUUGCCCGCGGCUCUUCUGCCAGGGCGUCGACUACUGGAUCGGCGCGCGGCUGUGGCUGAACGCGCCGUUCGUGCACGCCGAGUGCCGUGCAGACCAGGCGCUGGCGCUGCAGUUCACCGACGAUACGCGGCAGUUCGUCGAGCGCUUGUCGGGGCUGACGGGCCCGUACCGCGCGCGGCGCGACCCCAUCCUCGCGGACGUGCGCGGCUUCCCCCGCGUCUACGCCGAGGGCCCGCCGCUAGGCCCGGCCGUGACGCGCGAGAGCUAG